AGAGACAAAUACUAUUAAGAAAUAAGUGAAGCAUUUUUAACAAUUUAUUGGUAAAACGAAUAAAAAGUUUAAGGGUUAAGUGAUACAAUGAAAAUAGUUGGAGGGAGUACCCUAAGCGUGUGUUUGGUUGCAAGGUUUUGGUGGGUUGGGCUAGAGCCGUCCCAUUUUUACAGGUGUUUGGUUGAAGAACUGUGUGGGCUGGGUUGGGUCAAAAAAGGAAUAUUCUGCCCAUAUGCGGGUUGGUCUCGCUCGGCAAAAUGUGGCGGACCGAUCCAUCCCACCUCCUCUCGCGCAUCACGUGAGACCACGCGAGAGUAACCCUAUCUCUUUUCUCACCACCUUUUUCCCCUUCACAAUCACAAGCGAAACAAAUCCAAAUCGAGAGAGGGUGGCGGCGGCAACUAGCGCGCAAGGGGGCGGCGGCGCAGAGAGGGCGGCGGCGCCGGCGUCGUGCCACGGGCCCUGCUGCGCCUCCUCCUUCCAGUCCCACGGCCGGAACUCCCGCCUCUCCCGCCCCGUCAGCUCCCCCUCACCUCCAUAGCCAAGGUAAUGAAACCCUAGCUAUGUACCAUAUCUGCUAUUUUGUUUAUAAUGCUAGAUCUGUGCGACUCCGUUUGCAUGAAUGCCCUUGCUGUCCACAACUUCUGUUCAAGCACAUUGCAAUAUUUUUGUUUCAUCAAUUACACAAUAGUUAUUUUCAUGAUAGGAACAAGUAUUAGUAUGUGAAUUGGGCAAGUAUUAGUUCCCUGAUGGGAAGGGAACAAGUAUUAGUAUGUGAUUUGGGGUUUCAUCAAUUUUUAUAUAGCAGUUAUUUUCUUGAUGGGAACAAGUAUUAGUAUGUGAUUUGGGGUUUCAUCAAUUUUUACAUAGUACUUAUUUUCCUGAUGGAAACAAGUAUUAGUAUGUAAUUUGGGCAAGUAGUUUAUGAUGAGAUGAUUUAUGCUUGAGAAUGACAUGGCAAUGUGUUUAAUUUUCUUUGAUUGUUGUUGUAGAUGGAUAAGAGGACCAAGAUUUUAAUUUUUGCUGCUGCUGCCAAUCUAUUGUUGUCAAUGAUGGCCAUGAUUAUUCAUUCUAGGAAAAGAAAGAGAGUUUCUAGGAGGGAAGGUGUUAAAUAUGGCCCAAUUGUUGAAAGGGAUAGGAUGAGAAUUGAGUAUCUAAACACAAAAAUUUGGAGGAACGAUACCACAUGUGUCGACAUGCUUAGACUUAGAAAAGAUUAUUUCUUUCGGUUUUGUAAGCUCUUUAGAAAUCGUGGUUUGCUUGAAGAUACCAUCCACAUGUCUAUUGAGGAACAAGUAGCUAUGUUUAUAAAUACAGUAGGGCACAAUCUUAGAAAUAGAUUAGUUCGCACUAAUUUUGAUAGGUCCGGAGAAACAGUUAGUCGUUAUUUCAACAAAGUGUUUCAUGCUGUUGGUGAGCUGCGAGAUGAACUAAUUAGGCCUCCCUCAUUGGACACCCCAAGUAAAAUUACCGGGAACCCUAGGUGGGAUCCUUACUUUAAGGUGUGAGAUUAAUCCGUGUCUCAUUUUCAAUUAUAUAUUUGAACAAACCUCAAUGUGCCCUAAUCUUUUAUGGUGUUGAAUAUAAAAUAGGAUUGUAUUGGAGCUAUUGAUGGCGCACAUAUUAGAGCCUCUGUUGAGAAGAAUAUGGAGCCCUAUUUUCGUGGAGGGUACAGCACAUGAUGUUGUAGUUUUAAGAGAUGCAUUGGAACGUGAAAAUGGCCUUCUUGUACCCCAAGGAAAAUUCUACCUAGUUGAUGCUGGAUAUGGAGCCAAACCAGGAUUCCUCCCUCCAUUUCGUGCUGUCCGGUACCACUUGAAAGAGUGGGGGAAUAAUCCGGUGCAAAAUGAGAAGGAGUUGUUCAACCUUAGGCACUCGUCCCUUCGUGUCACAGUUGAACGUGCAUUUGGGGUACUAAAGAGGAGGUUCAAAAUUCUAGAUGAUGCCACCCCAUUCUUCCCUUAUCCAACUCAAGUAGAUAUUGUUGUAGCUUGUUGCAUUAUUCAUAAUUGGGUCAUAAAUGAUGGAAUUGAUCAGUUUAUUACAGAUCCAUUAGAUUUAAUAAGUGAGACCACAACAGAGCCAUUUGGGCAAGCAAAUGACCAUGCAUUGAUGGUUCAGUUCAGACAAGGACUUGCUGAUGACAUGUGGGCUAACCGUCAAAACCAUCAUGGGAACUAAUACAUAGCUGUAUUUCUAGUA